GCUAGCUAGCAAGCUAACCGUUUUGCAUGGGAUAUUAUGCACCCCUGGUCAAAAAUAGGUUCCCGCGUGCCUGACAACAUCAGUAAGAGGGAGAUAAGUCAACAGCGAUUCGACGUCUGUGUCUACAUCCCUCACCCAAACUACGUCCCCAGGACUUUUGAACAUGGCGUCAUGCUGCUGAAGCUGAAGACCAAUGCUCAGCUGAACGAGGCUGUGAAGGUGCUGGAGCUCCCUACGAAUACUGAGAAGAUCCCACAAGGUGCGAUGUGUGAGAUAGCUGGGUGGGGACGCAGAGUCCCUGGACGACGAGCAGAGAGUGUCCUGUAUGAAGCUACAGUCACGCUGGACAAGGUCAGGAAAUGCAAAAAGGCAUGGAAGAAGUGCUUUAACACAUCCCAUAUGACCUGCAGCAAAUCAGAUGGAAAAGAUGGAGUCUGUCAGGUAAUAUGA